AUGCCCUUUCGUCAUCCAUUCACAAAUAACAUUUUUGAUCCGAAAAUACCCACUCUCUUGAUGUUAAUACUUAUCGGUGCUGCAUCCAUUACUCACUGCUCAUUGCCAACAUUUAAUAAUGCCAAGUUUCAAUGUAAUUCAUCAGAACGUAUAUCAUCAUUUGAUUAUGGAUCUCCGUACACCUAUAUCGAUUAUAAAGAUAAAUUAGAAUUAUUCUGUUCGAGUGCUAUCAUUCCCAAGACAAUUAUGUUUGAUAUCGGAAGAAAUACAUUAAGCUAUGAUUUGUUGUUUUCCUUUCCGACUUUGGGAGAUGAAAUUGAUAUUUGUCGAUCGAUGAGGAUUUGGGAGGCAAGUAAUGAGAAAUAUCAAUGCAAGAAUUUAUUCAACCAAACAAGCUUUCAGUUUUACGUGUCAGAUUUUGAAGAGAAAUAUUUGAAGGAAACUGGAUUUGAUACUUAUCAAUGGAUUAAUUAUUGUUUCUAUUGUGGAAGUGAUAGGUAUUUGAAUAAGGUAAAUGCAAAAACAGAAAAUAGUUAUUUCAGACAGGUUGGUUUUGUGAUUGACAACUUUCCAAAAUCAAAGUUUUUUUGUGGACUUGAAGAGUUGGGGAUUCCAGUAGUAAUGAAAAAGGAAAAUGAUAAUUUUUUUCCAUAUGUAUAUGGAUGCUAUUGUUCAAAGAGUGAUAUGUUUUCAUUGAGAUGCCUUUCAUCUAAAGUUGACAUUUUUAUCAAUUACGGAUUGAUGGCUUUCAAAUUGAUCCUCACAGUUUCAUUCAAUUUGCUUGCAUUGAUCAUCUUUCCCUAUAGAGCAAUAGAAUUCUAUAAUAGAAAUACUAAGGGAAAGAGUGUAGUAUUACUACUGACAGGAUCUGGAUCUUUCAUGUUAUUUAUUUCAGUAAUGUUGGAAGUGUUCGAUAUUUAUGGGGUUGCAAAUAUUUUCACUGCCUUUGCGAUACUAUUCACAUUUAUGGCACUAGUUGUCAUGUCGAGAAACAAGUAUGUCACUGUAGUGUAUGCCAUUACCCAUACCAAGCCAAAGAAUGGACUUAACAUAUUGAUUGGUGCUGUCUUUGCUAUACUUGUUAUUGGAUUAAUGGGAAUCAGUGCAGUGGAUAUAAUAACAAAUAUGAAAGCUACAAGUUAUUUCAUGGUUUCUAUAUGUGCCCUCACUGUAUUAGUAAUGACAUUUCAAUUGAUUUGGAUGCAUUUGGCUUUGAAAAAGGUUUCAGAUAUUAAUAUUUUCCAAACAGGUACUGGAAAAAUGAUAGCAUUAUCAAUUUUCAUUACAAUUAUCCUUGAUGUAUCGUUCUUAUUAACUAUUGCAAGAAGUGUUCCAGCGAAAGAGGUUACAAAUGCACUACUCACCACAUUCUCAAUAGCACUAGUCAUGUUAAUUUUGACUGGAAUUUCGAUUGUGGAAAUUGAUUUUUUGGAAAUGUUCAACACUAUUGGAGCUAGAUUAUUUAAACGAAAGAAGGAUGAACAUUCGGAAAAAGAAACAUCAAAUGAUUCUGAAACAUCAGCAACAACCAAUCAAGAGAACGAUUCCUUGUUAAAUUCUGAAAAAUCCCCAAACAUGCAAUAUUCACAUUAA